AUGCGGUCCCCGGGCUUGGCGCUCGCCUUCCUCGCUGUGCCGCUGGUGGUGCGCGCCGACUCGGAGGGUGCCUGGUGCUACGACUCACAGGACCCAAAGAGUGUGCUCCGCAUGGACACUGGCCUGCAGAGCCUGCUGGAGAUGCAGGACGCCAGGCUGCCACCACCAUCCUACCGUGCCCUGCAGCUGCACUUCCACUGGUGGUGCCCCGGGCGAGCAGGCUCAGAGCACAGCCUGGACGAGCAGCACCGCCCCAUGGAGAUGCACGUGGUCCAUAUGAACACCCGGUACCAGAGCAUAGGGGUAGCCCGAGGUCACCCUGAUGGUCUGGCAGUGCUGGCCGUGCUCUUGACAGAUCAGGACUCUGACAACGCCAACUUUUCGGCCGUGUCGGGCCUGAAGAACAUGUCUGCGCGCGGGACCUCCGUGAACCUGGCGUCCACCUUCCCGCUGGCCUCGCUGCUGCUGGGCGCCUCUGGCCUCUCGCGCUUCUACCGCUACGCGGGGUCGCUGACCACGCAGUGCUGCGAGCCCGUGGUGCUCUGGACGGUCUUCGAGGACACGGUCCCCAUCGGGCGCGCACAGGUGGCCCAGUUCCGGAUCGUGGCCCAGGCCGGGACCCCCGGCUCCCGCCCCGCGCCGCUCAUGGAGAACUUCCGGCCGCAGCAGCCUCUCGGAGUACGCAGGGUUGUAGCUUCCCCCAGCGCCUCGGUCCGCGCGGCAGCCCCCACCCCGGCCCAAGGGCACGGGGCUCUCCUGGGCUUGGGGCUCAGCCUGUGGCUCUGGCAGGGGCCCUAG